CAUAUUCUCGUCCACGCGAGUACCGUUUCAAACCAAGAUGGCUUCUCACAGUGCUGUUUUCAGGAUGUCUAAACUCAUCAAUCGUUGUUGGGGUGGACGCCUUGGAAAUACGGUUAAAGUAUUUGGAACAAAUCUGACAAGUCGCAGGAAUAUGACCUCGCGUAUACCCCCUCCUGCAAAGUAUGGAGGCAGACACACUGUGACACUCAUACCUGGAGAUGGAAUUGGUCCAGAGCUGCUCAGUCAUGUCAGAGAAGUUUUUCGGUUCAGCUGUGUGCCAGUGGACUUUGAGGUGGUGCAUGUCAACUCUGCUGCAGAGACUGAGGAUGAUAUCAAUAAUGCCAUCACUGCUAUCCGCCGUAAUGGAGUUGCCCUUAAAGGUAACAUAGAAACCAAUCAUACCAAGCCACCAUCUGUUAAAUCCAGAAAUAAUCUCCUUCGCACAAGCUUAGACCUGUAUGCCAAUGUGAUGCACUGCCAGUCUCUCCCUGGAGUUCAGACUCGCCACAAGAACAUUGACAUUAUGAUUAUCAGGGAGAACACAGAGGGAGAGUACAGCAGUCUGGAGCAUGAGAGUGUAUCAGGGGUAGUGGAGAGUCUCAAGAUCAUCACCAGGAACAAUUCCCUCAGGAUUGCUGACUAUGCCUUCCAACUGGCCAGGGAGAAAGGUCGGCGCAGGGUCACUGCUGUACACAAGGCCAACAUCAUGAAGCUGGCUGAUGGCUUGUUCCUUCAGUGUUGCAGAGAAGUGGCUUCUGGUUACCCAGAAAUCACAUUUGACAGCAUGAUUGUGGACAACACCACCAUGCAGCUGGUGUCCAAGCCCCAGCAGUUCGAUGUGAUGGUGAUGCCCAAUCUGUAUGGGAACGUGGUGAGCAAUGUGUGUGCAGGCCUGGUGGGAGGGCCUGGCCUUGUACCUGGGGCCAAUUAUGGUCGUGACUAUGCUGUCUUUGAAACGGCCACCAGAAACACAGGGAAGAGUAUUGCAGACAGGAAUAUUGCUAACCCCACUGCCAUGCUGCUAGCCAGCUGCAUGAUGCUGGACCACCUUAAGCUUUAUGACUAUGCAAGUUUAAUCCGGAAUGCCGUCCUCGUUACCAUGAAUGAAACCAGGUUGCACACAGCUGAUAUUGGGGGUCAGGGGACUACGUCAGAGGUGGUCCAGUCUGUCAUGAGGGUCAUCCAGAGUAAAGGGCAGCUCACUGCAGAGCUCUAAAUCAUUCAGGACACCAUGUACAUGCAUACUGAUUUGAGGUGUGAGUCUGAACAGGUGUCUCUCUCUGGGACAGGUAUAUAGCCUGAGAGAGGAUGUCGAUGUACAUCUGUUUCCAUAGCGUCACAUCUUAUGGCUGACAUCAGAAUGUUUGUUUUUUUUUGUUGUUGUUCACACAGUUAACUGUACAAACACCUGGGUCUUUCACAUUUAAUAAUGAUCUUUACUGGACCUCUUUUAAAAUGGUCUACAUUUGACAAAUAUUCAUUAUUACUCCUAUAGAUUAUAAAUUGUACUGUAAGGAUAGGUUAUAUAUUUAUUUAUAAUGAAUUCAUCAGGGUCAUUCAGAUUCAAAUAUGGGUUUGGACAAAUUGUUAUGAAACAUACAAAGGCCUCCUUUGCUAUAUUUCUCAGUCUUCAUUGAUAGUCUCAACCUUUUUUGUCAUUAUAUCAAACUGUGUAAUAUAUACUGUACUGUCCUGUAUGUUCACAUACCUGUAUUUUGACAAUUAUGGAGAUGUUGUUUUUUCAUUCAUACUGUAUCAUCAGAAGAGGUGUACAUCAAAUUACUGUUCUUAAAGCUGAGUUUGCUUGUACCAUAAUAAUCUUUUCACCUUAGUUUUGAACAUGUCAGAGGGAUAUACUGUUAUUUUACCUUUUAUACAGGCAAAAGUUCUUAAACCUCAUGUCUGGGUGUGGGCAUAUAUACUGUAUAACAUGAAUAUGAUCAAUAAAGAAAUGACCUACUGUACCUUACACUGAUUUUUUUAGUUUUGAAACAUUGCUCAAACGAGAUUGGAAGCUGAAGUAAAUAAAUUUUCAAGCCGUAUAUCCACUCCGUUGGCAGUUUAUUAGGUACACCUUGUUAAA